AUGUCUAAAAGUUCAUCCUCCUUCGUGCUAUUUUUGAUAUGUGCAUAUGUAGCAGCUUUUGCAUGGUCUUGGGGUCCAUUGGCAUGGCUAGUGCUUAGUGAAAUUUGCCCUCUGGAGAUCCGUUCAGCAGGACAAGCCACCAAUGUCUCGGUUAACAUGUUCUUCACCUUUGUGAUUGGCCAAUUCUUCCUUUCUAUGCUUUGUCAUAUGAAGUUUGGUGUCUUCUUAUUCUUUGCUGGAUUUGUUGUUCUAAUGACUAUUUUUGUAUGCUUUUUUGUGCCUGAGACCAAGAAUAUCCCAAUUGAAGAAAUGAAUCAAGUGUGGGAAAAACAUUGGUUAUGGCACAAGUAUGUCUCAAAUGAUAAUGUUACUAGCAGGAAGAGCAGCAUAACCUAG